UAUUGGCGCAAAGGGCAACGCCAGCUGCCUUUUAAGCCGAACCCCCAUCAAGGAAACAGUGGAUUUGAAGCCCAUCGGCACAACCAAAGACACCGAUUUCGACCUGUACAUAAAAAAAAUCGACUGCCAGAUUGUUCUGGAGGCUCCCCACCGGCCGACUGAAAAUCAACAUGCAGAACACUCUCAAAAUGAAGCGCAGUAUUUAGUUGAGGAAGAACAUCAUGGGAGUGGACAGCCGCCCAACCAUCACAGCCCAAAUGAGGGAUAUCAGUACCAAAGACCUGCAGCUCAUUACAAGCCAAAUCCUCCAAAGGAGGACAAUUUACAGCAUGUCCAGACCCUAGUGAGCAUCGCCUCUGGGCCCAACAACGUCCUGCAUCCAGUACACGAUAUUUUAAUUUCCGGAAGACCGGAAAAUGCGUACGGCGUUCAGCCGCAAAUGCCCUCUUUUAGGCCAUCCGCCCUCAAUCGUCCCUAUGAGCACCACAAACCUGCAAACUUUGCCCAUUUAGGAUGGGACAACUAUGCCUAUGGAUAUGGAGGCUCUGGUGAAGAUCGGAAGCAUUUUCCAGACUUCUCCCCAUCUGGAAACUACGCCCCACAGCCACUCAAUGGAUACGAAAGUGGCUCAUCGCAACUGGAAAUUGACCGCAGAAAAUACCAGUCUUACACUCACUAUGAUUCGCUAGAAUCCGAAACGCACAACCAGUAUUUAUUCGUCCGGCCCAAUUCUGCAGGUGCAAACCAAGAAGAGUCUGGAUAUAAAAGCCCUCGGCCUGGAUAUGGGGGCGCACGACCCGAAGAUGAUUCAUUUGGCAACAGGCCGGAAAUUGAUGAUCGAAGGCCCGGUUUCAACAAAGGCGAUUUGGGAUACGAAGGCAGACCUUCCAGGCCUUACUAUGAUAGUUUGAGGCCUAUUGGAUAUAAACCGCAAGAACAUCAUGAUUUGAUAGACAACCACAAGCCAAAUAAGGCUUCAAACCCGGACUACAAUCCGGCAUCCAGAUAUCCAACGAAAAGUCCAGCAUCCGCCAAUCACAGGCCAGCUUCAACCGAACUGACCAAUCACUAUGAAGGCAACUACAAUGAUAAGCAAUAUGGAAAGCCGCAUGCUUAUAACGAAAAGGGAAGCAUCAAAGUGGUGGCUCAAAAUGUGGGUUACAAUGGAGAAAAGUUUACUUCCAUUAUUACCGAACUGGAAAAUGCUUGCUUUCACCGGACAAUGGCUGGAAAACGGGCCGUGAGAGGUUUGGUGAGAAAGUUAUCAAUUUGUGAGACCGUCGAACAGUGCCAACAAGAAUGCGGCGACGAGAGAAGAUUUACGUGCGAAGGAUUCAACUACAGGCUCGAUCCAAGCGGACGUGGAAAAGGUGAAUGUGAACUGCUGGAUUUGCCGCUAUCCAGAAUCGACCUCAUCAGAGAAAUUGUGCCAGACCAGCAAUACGAUUUGUAUACCAGAGAUCGGAAUUCUGCCCAAGUCAAUUGCCGCCUUCCUCCAGACGCAUUCCCAAUGGGAAGCUACGGAAAUGGCCAUCAGUAUGGGAGUGACGAAAACAUGCUUAGACCUUAUGAUAGGCGACCACCUGGUAUAGCGAGGCCUCCAAAAAGACCCGCUGGAGGUUGGGAGGACGAAUAUGGAGGCCCUCCAAGACCAAUUCCAAUCGAUCCGCUCCCGCUUCCCCCAGCUAACCGCAAACCCGAGUACGAUGAUCGAAGAGGAGACUACUCAUACCAUCACUCACACCAAUCACAUAGUAGUCACAGUCACAGUUACCAUUACAAUGAACACAAUGUAGAUAGAUACGAUUUUCAUCAUCAACAUGAAGAUCGCAGGCCCUUAAAGGGCAUCCACUACCUUCCGGGGUCCCCUAAGGGCCAAACAUUGCAUCCAGUGAUUGUUCCACUGGACGAAUAUCCCAAAGCUCCUUUGCCUCCUAGUUAUCCUGUAGGUAGAUAUCCAGAAACAAGACCAGAAGGGGGGUUGUAUGGCGGCCGAUAUGAUUAUAGAAAUAGGUAUGAAAACAAUCAGAAAAACUACUACGUUCCCUCGAGACCACAAAGGCCCCAAAUUCCUGCGGAUUGGGGACUGUAUGGGGGCCGCUAUGGAAUAGAGAAUGGGGAUUCUUUGGAGUACCAAGGAUAUGGCAAUAGCCAAGUGUAUGACUAUUGGGGAUUUAAUAAGCUGCAAGGCGACAGAGCCCAAGCUGGUUAUGAAUCCCAUCCACAACGUCCACCUGGGACUUACUUACCUUCAUCAGCCCCUGCCAGUGGGGGCUAUGAGAUGGAAAAUAGCAUUUUGCCUGCUGAGCCGCGCAGACCGCCGACUUUCGACUUUAUUAGAGAUGAAUGUUCCCUGCGGAGCGCUGCAGGAUUCCGCUUGCACAAAGGCAUAGUGAAGAAAAUCACCUCCGUCCCCAAUAUCCACGACUGUGAGCUGCUUUGCGUGAAGGAAAAGGCCUUUCCAUGCGCUUCUUAUGCGUUCAGGUACAUCAGCUUUGCAGACAAUUGCCAGUUGAGUAAUCGCAACUAUAAAGAGCUGGAUUAUUACACCGACGUUCAACCUGAUAGAGACUUUGAUAUUUAUACCAUGAAUAACAGGCACAGAUGCCCAGCGGCGAAGGAAACUCCACUCAGAGAUGAAAGUGAUUGCUUCUGGAGAGUCAGGAGCGGACAAAGACUGCACGAGUCAGUCGUUAGAGACUCGCUAACAGUGCGCUCUAUAGUGGAUUGUCAACUGGAAUGUUUAAAUUCGCGCCGAUUCACUUGCAGAGCCUACAGCUUUAGAUACAACCCUCCAAUAAUAGGGGGUCCAAUUGAUAAUUGCCAGCUCUCAGAUUGCCCAUUCUUCGAACUGAACCCCAGGGUGGAUUUUUUGCCUGAACCUGGCUUCGAAGUGUACGAACGGGGCAGUUUUGGGCACGGAUGUGAGCCGAAUCACUUCAGCAUCCGGGAAAAACUCCCAGCGAAACAACCCGGCCUCAAAGUGGAUCAAUUGUGUUACGUUGGAUUUGGCUCGGCGGCUAAGCUCCUCCCUCAGGCUACUGUGAAGUCAGCGUACGUUCCAACCGAGCUGGAUUGCAAACACGAAUGCUCCCAAGCUAGGCAAAGGGCCGAUUUCCGAUGCAUGACUUUCAGUUUUGUAACUGACCGCACGCACAUCGCUCACAACUGCUUCCUUUCGGACAUUAUUCAAAGGGAUCUGUUGCCGAACGUCGACUACAUGAACGAGCCAAGUUCCUGGAUUUUUACUUGGGACGACUACAAUCCAGAAUGCACCGACUUGGCGCAUAAAUCCCUGGAUGCUUCGCAUCUACCAACCCAGUUGAGACCGUAUGGAAACGACGGUUUAGACUCCCUAAAUCCGUUGGACAUCUGGAAAGUGUACAGUGUGAGCGGAUGGCCGUGCAAACGCGGAACUCUUUGCAAGGAAAACAGGGCCGCAGGCUUCUGGUAUUGCGAGCUGGACAGCGGUGAUAACGCUUGGGACUACUGCUGCAGCCCUGACCAUCAAUGCGGGCUCUCAAAUGGAUAUCCAUAUUCCUGGUGUUAUGUGGGCCCUACCAAAACGCAGUGGCGGAAGUGCAGCGACCAGUAUUACCCAUAUACAGACAGGUUUGAUAACGGGAAAAAACCCUGGCAAGCAUCCGGGCAUUAUCCUCCCUCUCCUCAAAGCGCUGGUUUGCGACCGGACAGGCCUAACGCUCCGGUGAAGCUUUCGCCUCCCAGGCCCAGCCUCAACGAAUACGAGGAAGAGUUUGAUAACGAGUUUCUAGGCCCUCCAAAGCCUGGCGGUUUUGGGCAACCACGAAGAUGGCCAGUCGCGUACCUUCACAAGGAAAUGCCCCCCAAUGCCGCAGUUCCAUCAGACACGCGACCGACGCGCACGGAGAAAGCCGAAACCUCCAAACUAUCCGCAAUCAAGAGCUUGAUCGACGUUAUCCAGAACACCGAAAUUAAAAACGUUCAGUAUCACAUUUCCAACGAUUCCAACAAAUCGGAUGACAUACUCACUGUAAAAAUCCCUUUGCCAAAUUUGGAGGAAGAGCCGCAAUCUAACAGCACAGAAGCAGCGAAACGCAGUAACGAGUUGAGCAGCAAAACUAGCGUUCAGUUUCAAGUAGUGGACAAUGUGCGACAUGCUCCUUCCAAUGAAAGGAGCGAUGGAAGGAAUAUUCCCAUUUCCAAACGUAGUCAAACAGCGGAUAGUCCAUUCCAAUACCCGGUAUUUAGAAGAGGUUUUGUGACGCGCACAAACCUCACGAUGGCUAGAACACUCUAAAAU